GUGAAUGGAAGAGAAUACCUCUAUGACUUUUCUCCAUGCAGUCUACGCCGCUCCCUCUAUAUAACAUUACCUUGAACUAAUCUACUGAUCUUGAGAGUCCCUAGCUAGCUAACUUGCACAGAGAGAUCAGAGAUGGUCACCCUCUCGUUUUGUGUUCCAUUUCUUUUGCUAUCGACAUGCUUACUUCAUCAAUGUUUGCACUACGAGGUGGCUGCUGCUGAUCCUGUCGUUGGGUCCAAUAGAGAAGCAUUGGAGAUAAUCAUAGGUGGUGGUGGAGGUGGCAAUUAUCCUGCUCCUUCUCCUGAAUAUGUAGACUGUCCUCCUCCCCCGCCGCCCCCAUCGCCACCUCCUCCAUCUCCGCCACCGCCCCCAUCGCCACCUCCUCCAUCUCCAUCUCCACCUCCUCCAUCUCCGCCACCGCCCCCAUCGCCACCUCCUCCAUCUCCAUCUCCACCUCCUCCAUCUCCACCACCACCAUCGCCCCCGCCCCCAUCGCCACCUCCUCCAUCUCCACCACCACCAUCGCCCCCGCCCCCAUCGCCACCUCCUCCAUCUCCACCACCCCCGCUAUCGCGACUUGAACUAGUCAAACCCGUUCUUCGAAGAUUUCAAAGGAUGGCUACCUCAGACCCACAGGGCAUUUUCAAGACAUGGACGGGCAACAACAUAUGCAAGUGGAAGGGCUUAUUUUGUGACACACGUCCGGACUUCAAUCAACCAGCUCUUGCUGCAGUGGACUUCAAUGGCUACAAGCUUGGCCGUAAGGACGGCGGCAGCCUCCCUCUCACUGGCUUCAUGGACGAGUUACCAGAUAUAACCGUGUUCCACGCAAACUCCAACAAUUUCACCGGCGGCGUCCCCAAGAAGAUCAUGACACUAAAGUACUUCUUUGAGCUUGAUCUGAGCAACAACAAGUUAUCCGGCCAGUUUCCAAUGGAAGUUCUUGGAGCCACACAAUUGACGUUCUUGGACCUUCGGUUUAACUCCUUGUGCGGAACAGUUCCACCUGGAGUGUUCAACCUAGACGUGGACGUGAUCUUCAUCAAUAACAACAACUUUGUGCAAAGGCUUCCUGACAAUCUUGGCUCCACACCAGCUCUUUAUCUCACUUUUGCCCACAACAAGUUCACGGGGCAAAUCCCACGAAGCAUAGGCACUGGCAAGACUUCAGAAAACCUCAUUGAGGUGCUCUUCUUGAACAACCAGCUCUCGGGAUGCUUGCCACCCGAGAUUGGCCGCUUGAAACGGGCAACCGUGUUUGAUGUGAGCAUUAACUGGUUGACAGGUCCAAUACCCCAGUCAUUUCAGUGCCUGACGAAAAUAGCAUUGCUUAAUUUGGCUCAGAACCAAUUCUAUGGGGCGAUCCCGGAGGCCAUCUGCAAGCUACCUGACCUGUCUAAAUUCACGUUAUCACACAACUACAUCACCGAAGUCGGCCCCGAAUGCAGGAAGUUGAUAGGAAAGGGCAUUCUUGAUGUUCGAAUGAAUUGCAUUAUAGAUCUUCCAGAACAGAGAUCAAAGAAGGAAUGUGCUAAUUUUUUCACCAAGACGGCCAAGUUCCACACCUGCCCCAACGAUAAGAUGUACCUGUCUUACAUUCCAUGCAAGCGUAAGUAUUAUUCAGGUUCGGAUCAUCAACCAACGGUUGCAGCCACUUCGCCAUUGUCCUAUGACGCUCUUACGCCGCAUGGGUCGUGAUUUUCACGCUCUUUAAAUUGACCAGCUCGAUUAACGAAGAUGGGGGUCAUCGGGGGUGCCAGCUUUGCUCUUUAGUAAUUACGUGUGUCUAUAUAUAUAUAUCAUUGUCAGUAAUUGAAAAACAAUAAGUUCGUGAAUAAGCAGUACUACUUUAAUUACCAUAAUUAUUUGGCAUCUUGAUCAUGAGCAGAUGCUAAAUUGUAUUCCUCAUGAGCAAUGUUUUCCGAUAAUGUAUGAAUGAAAUAUAAUUAGCUGGUAAA